CUUCACUGCCAUGGUCUCCACUCCUGAGAACCGCCAGACUUUCAUCGCCUCGGUCAUCAGAUUCCUGCGGGAGCACGGGUUUGACGGGCUGGACUUGGACUGGGAGUACCCCGGCUCAAAGGGCAGCCCGCCUCAGGACAAGCAUCUCUUCACCGUCCUGGUGCAGGAAAUGCGUGAAGCCUUUGAGCAGGAGGCCAAGCAGGUCAACAAGCCGAGGCUGAUGGUCACCGCUGCGGUAGCUGGUGGCAUUGCCAACAUCCAGGCUGGCUACGAGAUCCCCCAGCUGUCCCAGUACCUGGACUACAUCCAUGUCAUGACCUAUGACCUCCAUGGAUCCUGGGAAAGCUACACAGGAGAAAACAGCCCCCUCUACAAAUACCCAACUGACACCGGCAGCAACGCCUACCUCAAUGUGGAUUACAUCAUGAACUACUGGAAGGACAAUGGCGCCGCCAUGGAGAAGCUCAUCGUUGGAUUCCCAACCUACGGACACACCUUCCUCCUGAGCAACCCCUCCAACCAUGGGAUCGGGGCUCCUACCACCGGUCCCGGCCCCGCUGGGCCCUACACCAGGCAGUCUGGGUUCUGGGCCUACUAUGAGAUCUGUACCUUCCUGAAGAAUGGAGCUACUGAGGUGUGGGAGGCUUCUCAAGACGUCCCCUACGCUUACAAAGGCAAUGAGUGGCUUGGCUAUGACAACACCAAGAGCUUCAGAAUCAAGGCUGAGUGGCUGAAGAAGAACAACUUUGGAGGCGCCAUGAUCUGGGCCAUCGACCUGGAUGACUUCACGGGCACUUUCUGUAACGAGGGCAGAUUCCCCCUGACCACCACCCUGAAGGAGGCCCUGGGCCUGCAGAGUGGAAGUUGCACGGCCCCUCCUCAGCCCAUUACAACAGUAACUCCUCCAAGCAGCGGAAGCGGAAGUGGAAGCGGAAGUGGGUCUGGGAGUGGAGGCGGCAGCUCUGGGGGCACUGGCUUCUGUGCAGACAAAGCCGACGGCCUCUAUCCCGUGGAGGGCAACAGAAAUGCCUUCUGGCAUUGCCUAAAUGGCAUCACAUACCUGCAGAACUGCCAGGCUGGGCUUGUCUUUGACACCAGCUGUGACUGCUGCAACUGGCCCUGA